CUGUCUACAGGCACUCAGAAUGGUCCAGCGUUUGACAUACCGUCGUAGGCUUUCCUACAAUACAGCCUCUAACAAAACUAGGCUGUCCCGAACCAAAACUAGGCUGUCCCGAACCCCUGGUAAUAGAAUUGUUUAUCUUUAUACCAAGAAGUUUGGGAAAGCACCAAAAUCUGCAUGUGGCAUGUGCCCAGGCAGACUUCAAGUGGUUCCUGCUGUAAGACCUAAAGUUCUUAUGAGAUUGUCCAAAACAAAGGAACAUGUCAGCAGGGCCUGUGGUGGUUCCAUGUGUGCUAAAUGUGUUCGUGACAGGAUCAAGCAUGCUUUCCUUACCGAGGAGCAGAAAAUCGUUGUGAAAGUGUUGAAGGCACAAGCUCAAAGUCAGAAAACGAAAUUAAAAAAUGAAACUUUUUUGAGUAAUAAAAAUGAAAAGACUUAA